GGCGAUAGGCAUUCCUGGGGCGGAGUGCGGGAGCGGGGCAGCCGGGCGGAGCCGUGGAGCCGGCCUUGUCUUUCCACCGCUCGGUUAGCUGGAGUGGUUGCUUUAGAUACUCUGUCCUACCCUCGGAGCGAGUGAUUAACUGACUCCCUUCCUUCCCCUCCCUCUGCCUCCUUAUGGACCCCAAACCGUAAAGCGCCAGACCCCCACAGCAUGGAAGACAUGCUUACUUGGACCUACUUCUGUGUACUUAACUGUGUUUUUUCUUAAAAGUCAUGUGUACUUUGCAUUUUUAAAGACGAUCUCAACGUUGUCAUUAUAUGUAAACAGUGCAUUUGUCCCCGUAAAUUCCCUGUACUUUGGUUUGGGAUGCGUUGAUUACAGAAGGCUCAGAGACAGAGGCUUAAAGGAUGGCCUCCUCAGACCUGGAACAGUUAUGCUCUCAUAUUAAUGAAAAAAUUGGCAAUAUUAAAAGAAUGCUGUCAUUAAGAAACUGUGGUCAGGAACCUACCUUGAAGACUACAUUAGAUAAAAUAGGAGAUGAGAUCAUUGUAGUAAAUGAACUUCUAAAUAAAUUGGAAUUGGAAAUUCAGUAUCAAGAACAAACCAACCAUUCACUCAAGGAACUCUGUGCAUCUCUCGAAGAGGAUUAUAAAGAUGUGGAACAUCUCAAAGAAAACAUUCCUCCCCAUUUGCCUCAAGUAACAGUAACCCAGAACUUUGUUAAUGUGCCAGAUGUUGACCCUGGAGAACCAGUCAAAGUUGAGGAACCUGCACCCACAAAGAAGCACCCAAAAGAACAAAGAAGUAUUAAGGAAAUGUCAUUUAUAACUUCCGAUGAGUUUAAUGGCAUCCCAGCGUACAUGAAAUCCCGCUUAACUUAUUGUCAAAUUAAUGAUGUUAUUAAAGAAAUCAACAAGGCAAUAGUUAGUAAAUACAAGAUCCUAUAUCAGCCGAAGAAGUCUAUGAGUUCUGUGGCCAGAAAUCUCUAUCACAGAUUUAUUGAUGAAGAAACAAAGGAUACCAAAGGUCAUUAUUUUAUAGUGGAAGCGGACAUAAAGGAGUUCACAACUUUGAAAGCUGACAAGCGGUUUCAUGUAAUACUGAAUAUCUUACGACACUGCCGGAGGCUCUCCGAGGUCCGAGGGGGAGGCCUUACCCGAUACGUUAUAACCUGAAGUCCUCCUGAGCUCUAGAACUGGCCAAGAGUCUGAUAUAGAGGCCACUCCUAUAGUUUCCUUAUAUGUAAUUUCUUUAUAUAUAACUUCUUUGCUUUUCUUAUUUUCUUUUCUGCUUGACUAUAAAAAUGAAACUUUUUAGUAAAUAAAGCAUAUGUAUUUUAAAAUUCA